UCAGUUUAUAUUGCCCUGGGGACUUGAAGGAUCUACUCACCUGGUUUUCUAGACAUGAAAAUGCUUAAAUAAUACAGGGCUAUGUCUGUGAUUUCUGUUUCAGCAGAACAUCAGAAUCUCAACUUCCCUUAAACAGGACAAUGCAUCCCAUGAAUAUCACUGAAGUAAAUGUUACAGUCAUCAUGUCUGACCUGUCCCUGGAUUACACCAGAAACAAUGUCUCCUUCCUUCUCCAUGACAGAACAUCAGAAUCUCAACUUCCCUUAAACAAGACAGUGCAUACCAUGAAUAUCACUGAAGUAAAUGUCACAGUCAUCAUACUAAACCAACCAGAUCUGUUUAGUGUCCCCAGUCAAAGACGGAUGUUGGCACCUAGCCGGUGCUUCCUCCCCACAUGUGCUCUGGGAAAUCUGGCGUCCUCACUACAGCAUGGGAAUGACAAGGCAGGAGAGUUGACCAGAGACCCAUUUGGGAUCGGCAAAAAAUGAUGAAUGAGAGAGGAUCUCAGACUCUUCCAAAUUCAACAGGAAAGCCAACAUCCAGCAGUACAGUUUAGCUUUUUUCUUCAUUGAUUGAUAUCAAAUCGUUAACAAAU